CCAGCGGGCUGGCAGGAGGUUUCCGGGUGUUAGGACAGGAUUGGCUUGGCUGCUGUGAUUUGGUCGCUUGGUUCUGCCGCUGGAUGGCUCAGGCAGCCCUUCUGGGCCAGGCCUGCAGGCCCAGACCUGAAUCCCCGUGCCUGCUGGGCCUUCGGCCCAUGGCAGGGUACUAGUUUUUGGUUGUCUGGUUGUUUUCUCUGUUUUUUUUUUUUUUGUCUUAGCGCUUCACCUGCAGCAUAUGGAAGUUCCCAGGCUAGGCGCUGAAACUGAAGCUGCAACUGCUGGCCUACACCACAGCAAUAGGGGAUCCGAGCUACACCUGCAACCUACGCCACAGCUCAAGACAAUGGCCAAAAACAAACUAAGAGGGCAGAAAUCCAGGAAUGUAUUCCACAUAGCCAACCAAAAAAGUUUUAAGGUUAAAAAUAAAGCAAAACCAGUUACCACUAAUCUUAAGAAGAUAAACAUUGUGAAUGAAGAAAAAGUUAACAGACUGAAUAAAGCUUUUCUGGAUAUACAAAAGGAACUUGCACAUUUCUCAAAAGGCCUUUCCCUUGAACCUCUGCAGAAACAGCUGAGUCCUCAGCAGUGUCCUGAGAAAGAACCAGUUAAUGUUGAUGAAGCUACAAGAUUAAUGGCUCAGUUGUAAUACACUGGCGAUGCAUCAAAUUCCCCCAAAAGACCAAUAAAUUAAAUGUUUUAUACAAUUUUAUUUUAAAAAAUCUUGUUAAUGUACAGGCAUUGGCACAUUUUAAAAACAAACUACAUAAACAGAUCUUUCCUAUAAUCUAGGAAAGUGGAAUGUCAGAAGUCAACAAAAUGUGAUAAACUUAAAGUGCUAAAACAGAAGGCACUUCACAAAAUCUGUUCACUGAAACAGUUAAUAUCUCCUAGUUUACACCCUUCACUUUAUAAGUGGCAGUGAAUGUCUGUUUGUUUGAACUGGAGGAGACGCAGAAUAGGGACAGUCUCGUGGCAGUAAAACUCUAAGACAAAUGUGAUGAGCCCUUGGGCAACAUUUUUGUUUUUGAUAACCUUAACUUUCCUCUGGUAUGAGGGGAAAACAGAAGGAUUCAGAACUGGAAGAAAAGUUGAAACUCCAGAAUGUAACUACUUGAGGGAAGGGGGUUAGUGGAUAUGAAGUCACUUUUCCCCUGAAGCAAUCAGAGCCCUUUGUUUUUAUGAAGUUUUGUGAAGUAUAAAAGAAAGUAUUAGGGGAAGAACAGUUCAGAAUCAGUGAACUAAAAGUUGUUACAUUCAUUAUUUUAAAUACUUAGGUUAUUAAGAAGUCUAAAAUGUUACACAGUUAGAGGUAGAUAACAGUCCCGAGUUUCCAUGGAAUCUAAUAAUUUAGUAUCUGGACAUCAAACAGAUCACAAACUCCUUCAUUAUCAUCUAAAUUAAAGUUGUAGUCAUCCGCUGGGGUCGGAGAAAGCCGUAAGAGCGGAAACACUGCAAGCAAAAGAGAAAUUCAGUGUUAAAAAUGGUUUCUACAUAAAGAUAAUGAUGUCUAACAUAAAAUAGGAUCAAAUCAAUCCAAAUUAUGUUUCUCACAUUAUACAGGAAUUUUUAAAAAAUAUACAAUAGGAUAUAUAUAAUGAUCAAAUUAAUGACUUGUAUUUUGUGUAUAUUUUAAAAAAUUCUUGUUUAAAGACAUUUCAUGCAUGGAUUAUCGGUGUUUGAGAAUUAGAGGUUAAAAUUUUUAUUGGUUGAACUUGUCACUAAAAUUCAUGAUUCAGAAACCGGUCAAAGCAUUUUCUCUAAUCUGCUAAAUAAACUAUCACUUGGAAAACAGAAA